CAGACGCGGCGGUUCUCAGCUCGCGAGCGCAGCUGCGGCGGCGCGGGCCUCUCAGGCCGACACUCCCCCGGCGCCCCUCCCCCACCUGGUCGGGCUCUGGACCCGCCGCGCGCGAGCCCGCGGCCGCUUCCCCCGCUCGGAGAGAGGAGGCAGGCUGCGGCGGUGAGCGGCAGCUGCGCGGCUAUGGGCGCGCCGGUGUCGCCCUAGGGCGGGAGCAGAGACCGCAGCGGGAGCAGAGACCGCAGCCGGAGCGGUGGCGGCAGCCUCCACAGAAAGCCGUUUCGGGCGGCGGCGGUGGCGGCAACUGCAGCAGCGCGGCCGGGAUGAGCGGGAGCGGCGCGACGCCUGGCCCUGGCUCGGGCUCCUCCCCGGCCGCCUGCCGCUUCGCGCACUACUUCGUGCUGUGCGGGAUCGACGCGGACAGCGGGCUGGAGCCUGACGAGCUGGCGGUUUUGUACCAAUGGCUAGAAGCAGAUCGUCAUGGCAAGAGCCAAGAUGCUGCAAAUACGACCUCAGGUGAAAAUUUUGACCAGAGUCCUUUGAGAAGAACAUUCAAAUCCAAAGUUCUUGCCCACUAUCCUCAGAAUAUAGAAUGGAACCCUUUUGAUCAAGAUGCGGUAAACAUGUUGUGCAUGCCUAAAGGGCUAUCUUUCAGGACACAAACUGACAAUAAAGACCCCCAGUUUCACUCAUUUAUAAUUACCAGGGAAGAUGGUUCUCGCACCUAUGGUUUUGUUCUCACUUUUUAUGAAGAAGUUACAAGUAAGCAAAUCUGCACAGCAAUGCAGACACUCUACCAGAUGCACAACGCUGAGCAUUACAGCAGCGUGUAUGCUUCAUCUUCCUGCAGCAUGGACUCAUUGGCAAGUAGUCUUGAUGAAGGAGAUACAACUUCCCUUUUGAAACUCCAGCGAUACAACUCCUAUGAUAUCAGCAGAGACACCCUGUAUGUUUCAAAAAGUAUAUGCUUGAUCACACCAUUACCAUUCAUGCAGGCCUGCAAGAAAUUCCUUAUCCAGCUUUACAAGGCUGUUACCUCGCAGCAGCCACCACCCUUGCCACUUGAAAGCUAUAUCCAUAAUAUUCUUUAUGAAGUACCCCUUCCACCUCCAGGGAGGUCACUGAAAUUUUAUGGUGUUUAUGAACCUGUCGUCUGCCAGAGGCCUGGGCCCAGUGAGCUCCCCCUCUCUGAUUACCCACUUCGGGAAGCAUUUGAACUCCUGGGAUUAGAGAACCUGGUGCAGGUGUUUACCUGUGUUCUUUUAGAGAUGCAAAUCCUUCUCUACUCACAAGAUUAUCAACGCCUGAUGACUGUGGCAGAAGGAAUCACCACACUUUUGUUCCCAUUUCAAUGGCAACAUGUUUAUGUGCCCAUCCUACCUGCUUCUCUGCUACAUUUUCUUGAUGCUCCUGUUCCUUAUCUGAUGGGCCUUCAGUCAAAAGAAGGAACUGACCGUUCUAAACUAGAACUUCCUCAAGAGGCUAAUUUAUGUUUUGUGGACAUUGACAACCAUUUUAUUGAGUUGCCUGAAGAAUUUCCACAGUUCCCCAAUAAAGUGGAUUUUAUCCAAGAACUCUCUGAGGUUCUUGUUCAAUUUGGGAUCCCUCCUGAGGGCAGCCUACAUUGCAGUGACAGUACCAGCAAACUGAAGAAUCUGGUUCUGAAAGACUUGGUCAAUGACAAAAAGAACGGCAAUGUCUCCACUAAUAACAUCAGCAUGUAUGAGUUACUAAAGGGCAAUGAAACCAUAGCCCGCUUGCAGGCUCUGGCCAAGCGAACUGGUGUGGCUGUUGAAAAAAUGGACCUCUCUGCUUCUCUGGGUGAAAAAGACAAGGAUUUAAAACUGCAGUGUGAAGAGGCAGAACUAAGGGACUACCAGCUCAAUGUACAGCUCCGAGAGGUCUUUGCUAACCGCUUUACACAGAUGUUUGCAGAUUAUGAAGCAUUUGUCAUUCAGACUGCCCAGGACAUGGAGUCUUGGCUGACUAACCGGGAACAGAUGCAGAACUUUGACAAAGCUUCCUUUCUGUCUGACCAGCCUGAGCCUUACCUGCCAUUUCUUUCACGCUUCAUCGAAACACAGAUGUUUGCCACCUUUAUUGAUAAUAAAAUUAUGUCUCAGUGGGAAGAGAAAGAUCCUUUGCUUCGGGUCUUUGACUCUCGGAUUGAUAAGAUAAGGCUGUAUAAUGUAAGGGCACCUACUUUGCGGACAUCUAUAUAUCAGAAAUGCAACACUUUAAAAGAAGCAGCCCAGUCAAUUGAGCAGAGACUGAUGAAAAUGGAUCACACUGCAAUCCACCCACAUCUACUUGAUAUGAAAAUUGGUCAAGGCAAAUAUGAGCAGGGGUUCUUUCCAAAGUUACAGUCCGAUGUCUUGGCAACAGGACCAACCAAUAACAAUCGCUGGGUAAAUCGGAGUGCCACUGCACAGCGCAGGAAAGAACGCCUUCGCCAGCAUUCUGAGCAUGUUGGGCUGGACAACGACUUGAGGGAGAAAUAUAUGCAAGAGGCACGAAGUUUAGGAAAAAACCUGAGGCAGCCCAAACUGUCAGACCUCUCUCCUGCAGUGAUUGCACAGACCAACUGGAAAUUUGUAGAAGGCUUAUUAAAAGAAUGUAGAAUGAAGACAAAACGCAUGUUGGUAGAGAAGAUGGGACACGAAGCGGUGGAACUUGGCCAUGGAGAAGCAAACAUCACUGGCUUGGAGGAGAAUACCUUGAUCGCCAGCCUCUGUGACCUGCUGGAGAGGAUAUGGAGCCAUGGCUUGCAGGUCAAACAGGGGAAGUCGGCUUUGUGGUCACAUUUAAUUCAGUUUCAGGACAGAGAAGAGAAACAAGAGCACCUUGCAGAAUCACCAGUUGCCCUAGGACCAGAAAGAAGAAAAUCUGACUCAGGAGUUAUGUUGCCAACACUCAGGGUCUCUCUUAUCCAGGACAUGAGGCAUAUUCAGAACAUGAGUGAGAUCAAGACUGAUGUUGGACGAGCUCGGGCAUGGAUAAGACUAUCUCUAGAAAAGAAGCUCUUGUCCCAGCAUCUUAAGCAGUUGCUUUCUAACCAACCACUCACCAAGAAGCUUUAUAAGCGAUAUGCAUUUCUACGUUGUGAAGAAGAAAGAGAGCAGUUUCUUUACCACCUUCUUUCUCUCAAUGCUGUGGACUAUUUCUGCUUCACCAGUGUGUUCACUACUAUCAUGAUUCCCUAUAGAUCAGUGAUCAUCCCAAUCAAAAAGCUAAGCAAUGCAAUCAUCACAUCAAACCCCUGGAUCUGUGUAUCAGGAGAACUAGGAGACACUGGAGUAAUGCAGAUUCCCAAAAACCUCCUUGAAAUGACUUUUGAGUGCCAGAACUUGGGGAAACUGACCACUGUUCAGAUUGGUCAUGAUAACUCAGGACUGUUAGCCAAAUGGCUAGUGGAUUGUGUCAUGGUCAGAAAUGAAAUCACAGGACAUACGUACAGAUUCCCAUGUGGACGGUGGCUGGGGAAAGGCAUUGAUGAUGGGAGCCUAGAAAGAAUUCUAAUUGGAGAAUUGAUGACAUCAACAUCAGAUGAAGAUCUAGUAAAGCAGUGUCGGACUCCACCCCAGCAGAAGUCACCCACCACAGCUAGGAGAUUGAGCAUCACUUCAUUGACAGGAAAAAACAACAAACCCAAUGCUGGGCAGAUCCAAGAAGGAAUUGGAGAAGCUGUGAACAAUAUUGUGAAACAUUUUCACAAACCUGAAAAAGAGAGAGGAAGCCUCACCGUGUUGCUGUGUGGAGAAAAUGGCCUGGUUGCAGCCCUUGAACAAGUUUUUCACCAUGGGUUCAAAUCUGCCCGCAUAUUUCACAAGAAUGUCUUCAUCUGGGACUUCAUAGAGAAAGUGGUCGCUUAUUUUGAAACAACUGACCAGAUUCUAGAUAAUGAAGAUGAUGUCCUUAUUCAGAAAUCAUCCUGCAAAACCUUCUGCCACUAUGUAAAUGCUAUUAAUACUGCACCCAGGAACAUUGGGAAGGAUGGCAAAUUCCAGAUUUUAGUUUGCCUUGGAACAAGGGAUCGCCUGCUCCCACAGUGGAUUCCGUUGUUAGCUGAGUGUCCUGCCAUCACUCGAAUGUAUGAAGAGAGCGCUCUCCUGCGAGACCGCAUGACUGUCAACUCCCUUAUUCGAAUUCUGCAGACCAUUCAGGACUUCACCAUAGUCCUAGAAGGAUCACUCAUCAAAGGUGUGGAUGUGUAACCAAACUGGCUAGAAACUUUCAGUCCAAACCUUGCACCUUCCCCAACUAGGGGACUGAUUUGGACUUGUCUGACAGUAGUGAGUUACUGCAGGGGACGGUCCAACUUAUGCCCCGUUUGGAACAAUCCUCACUCUACAGACAAGGCAAAAUGUUGUAUUGUAGUUCAUUUGAACCUGGAAUUUAGUAUAAAAUAGAGUAUUUUCAUGUGUUAGAUGUGUGUAAAUAUGCUAUCUUCUUUAAGAAAUUGUAUUACUCUUAAUAAGAUGCUUUUCUUAGAUUGAAGAUUCCUGUGACUUAAGUAGCUUAAAAAUGUUGGGGGUUGGGGGAAAGAGUGGUGCUAGCCAGGAAGAAGCCAGUAAACAUGUAAAUAUAGUGCAACCCAGUCAGGCUUUUUUUUUCUCCAGGUAUCACAAACAAACUCAGAAUGCAUUGUUAUGUAGUAGCCAUCCAUCUUGGAAUCCAAUCCUUUGUAUUGUGAAUGCACACAGCUUUACCUACUGUACCAGUAGUCUUCACUUAUAUCUUUUAAGUUACAAACUGUUGUAUGCAUUUGAAUCGUUAGUCACUUUUCCAGUCUUUUGGAAAAAUCUUUCAGUCCGCACAAGAUGAUAUAAUUAAAGUAUUUUAAACACUAGACCCCAGGAGCUUGGCUGAACUGGAAAGAGAACAUAUAAAGCCCUGAGAAGUGUGUUCAAUUGUGGGAUUAUAACUUCUUUACACUUUGGAAAGAUUAGCCUAACUUCAUUCUUGGCAUUUUUAUUCUUGUUAUUUGAGGUACUUUGGGGAGAUGUGAAUUUCAGUGUUAGCAGACUCAGAGUCAUAAGAACUGCAAACAGCAAUUUGAUUCUGUACUUUUAAUUUGGCCAUCUAAACUCUGCAGUGGUCUACCUCUUAAGGUUAACCUCGAGUCUUUUUUAGGGUCUAAUCAUCCACCUCUCCAGGGCCCAUCCCCCCUCGGGUAAUGGAAGGAAUGUCUAAGGAGGAGGAGGGCUCUGUGUGGCUUGGAAUGUUUUUGUGAAAGCAUUUGUUGACCAUGAUAAUGCAAAUAACAGAAGGAGAGAGAGAAUGAAUCCUUUCUGGGUGUUUAAGGGCAAGCUUUACGUUCCUUUGUAGGAAGGGGAGUAAUAAUGUAAAACAACCGGCCCAGAGAAGCUAAAAGCCACUGGCGGCACAGGCUGACAAAAUUGAAGCAAAACAAGAGGUGGCAACAAUUUUGAAAGGUCAAAAGUUGUGAGUAACUUUCCAGUUUGAUAGUUUAUAAAGAACUUAAAUAAAUGUUGUAUUAGCUAGUUACUUUAAGUCCUCAUCUUCUGGUAGGUCCUGUAACUCUAAUUAGGCAUUUGUACAUUUUUAGCAGCAAAAUUGCCUCAGCAAAACUCUGAGUGUUAUUCCCAGAUGUGGCUGAAAAGCAAAGCCAUAGUGUCAGUAUCCUGUGCAGCCUGAGGGUGCUGUGCUUUCACCAGCUGUGUUAUGAACCUUAUUUCCUGGAGGAAGAAACUAAUGAAACAAGUGCCUCACUCCCUUUAUCAAACACUGUAUUCAGCCAGGGAAGCCCCUUUUAACAUGUGACUUCAUACUUGAGGAAAAGGAGAGUUGACAGCUGUAUUUAAAAACCCAUAGAAAUAGUUUAAGAAGAUGGUUCUGGGUAGACUAGAAAUUUGUUUGCCUGAAGCUAAAGUGUGUCUGUAAUGGUACAGUUCUUCCAGGGACAUGGGAAGUCUAUUGUGGGAGAAACCCAAAACCUGUUUUACACUGGGCUCCUACUGAGUUUAGUGAUCAGAGACGAUAGCGGGGUCCAACCCAGGAUUUCAUGCUUCUAUCUUCGUAAGGCCAUGCUUCUGACAGGUCUAGGCAACCAGGGGGACAGCUUAGGUUAGUGUACUAGUAUUGACCCACCUUGUCCAGCCUUCUCACUUUGUAGAUGGGAACACUUAAGGAUUAGAGAGAUUAAAUCUUACCCUUACCCCACAGCUGGUCUCUGACAACACAAGCUCUAGAAUUCAUGUUUGUUUGUUUUAUUUCACCAGGCUGCAUGAGACUGACCUUCCAGGCAUUCUUACUAAUAGUCUUUCUAUUAUACUAUUGGAUCGUUAUUCAUCCACCUAUACAAGUAAGAAAUAAGGAUGAAUAUUUAUUUAGAAGAAUUAAUAUUCAUAUUAACACAUUGCUCUCAAAUUAUUGGGAAUUAACAUCAUGUAAAAACUGGGAGCAAGCCAGACAUGGUGGCUCAUGCUCAUAAUCCCAGCAUUUUGGGAGGCUGAGGCGGGCGGAUCAUCUGAGGUCAGGAGUUUGAGACCAGGUUGGCCAACAUGGUGAAACCCUGUCUCUACUAAAAAAAAAAAAAAAAAAAAAAAUACACAAAAAUUAGCUGAGUAUAGUGCAGGUGCCUGUAGUUCCAGCUACUUGGGAGGCUGAGGCAGGAGAAUCGUUUAACGCAGGAGGUGGAGGUUGCAGUGAGCCAAGAUUGUGCCACUGCACUCCAGCCUGGGCAACAAGGGCAAGACUCUGUCUCAAAAAAAAAAAACAAAACAAAAAAUUGGGAGCAAAGUUGGAUUGGGGGGCAUAUGAAUAAAACCAUUACUUUAAAAAGUAAUACCCCCAAAAAAGUUAGACUUAAAGUUACAUCUUCAUGCCUUAUGUAAUAGUACUAUGAUAGUGAAAUGACUGGUUAAAAAAACUCAUCAGAACUGAUGCAUCCUCCUGGAUGAUGGGCUCAUUAGUCACCUUUUGAUCCCAUGUACUUAUUCUGUUGAUACAGCCCGUGCUGUAAACAUGUGGGACCCUCUUCUGAGCUGCUUGAAUGGCCAGUACCCCCAUUCUUUUUAGUAUUCCUGAUGGUGGUCAAUUUUGGCCUUUAACAAUAAAUUUAACUUGGAAAUAGUUCUUAGGAUCGAAGUUUGAUCAAUAAAAAGGAUGCUUAAGCUGAGAUUGGGGUUUCAUAAGAAAUGCAGUUAUAAAGAAAUAAGACAUGUUAGGCAUGGCAGUACACACCUGUAGUCCCAGCUGCUUGGGAGGCCAAGGCAGGAGGAUUGCUUAAACCCAGGAGUUUUGAGUCCAGCCUGGGUAACAUAGGGAAACCCCAUCUCAAAAAAACAAAACAAAGGACUUAGUUUUUUUGUUUUUUAAAGAUGGGGUUUCACUAUGAUGGCCAGGCUGGUCUUGAACUCAUGACCUCAGGUGAUCCACCCACCUCGGCCUCCCAAAGUGCUAGGAUUACAAGUGUGAGCCACUGCGCCUGGCAGGACUUAGUUUUUAUGUGUCUUAUAACUGUCUCUAAGUCAUACCAAAAUUUUGAGCACAACAGUAGUAGCAGAAUGCUGAGAAUAAAUGCUUAGACUUUUAAGCUGACUUUUGGAAGGACCAUACCCACAUAGAGGCAUCUUUUUUGCUGUAGUAAUUUUUAAAAAUUAAUAUAUUGCUUUAGGAUUACGUCUCAAAGUUUAAAUAAAAAAAUCAAUAUUUAAUUUUUUUUCCUCCAAACAAAUUAAAUGCCUGGGACCGUAAUGAGUGUUGUUUGCAUAGUAAUAGCUGGUGAAUAAGUUGUUUUAAAAUUAAAUUGCCAAAAAUAUUACCUCCUGAAAAAUUUAUUUUCCCGAUGUUUUUCAUAUGUCCUGAAACCCCUAAUCUCGACCUUUAUGACACAGUGGCAUUACACCGAUGUUGGAAGUAUGUUUGAGAUCUGUGCCCUGGUCGGGAGUCAUAUGCCUUAAAAAUGACUGCGAGUCAGUGUGAAGUAGUAUAAAGUGGAGUCUUAUGUGGGGAAACAGCAGGCUAUUGGCUACAAAAGCCUCCCAACCCUCCCCACCCUGUUUUCCACUGGGAAUGAGAAUUUGAUAUGAGAAACUUAAACCUUGCAGAAGUGUGGAUUUCCCUCUAAAAUUUAAGUGUUUUACACAUUCUUGUACCUUUUGUAAUCCUAUGGUAUUUACCUUCACAUGGCAUUUUAAAAAAUUAUUUUAAUGAAUUUCUAUCACACUAUAUGAAUGAUAGGGGGAAUACUGAAUUGCUCAUAUUUCCCUUUUUGGCAAUAAAACACUGUUAUAUGAAAAUAUAAGUAAAAAAGAGAGGUUCAAGACUAUACAACAGCUUACGUAUAGUAUAUGUUGACAUCCCUAAGGUAUUUUAAAACAGGUGACAGACAAGGACCUCAAAUUUCCAGGGAAAUUCUUAUUUCACAACAUUAGGAGUAUAGCUCUUCAUAAUGAAAUAUCUUCUUUCUGCUAAAAAUUAUGAUUUUUCAGUAGAUUUUUCAUUUAGUGAACUGUGAAUGUUUUCUGUGAGGUUUACAGAAACUAGUCUAUCCUUUUCACUAUGUUGAAAAGACAAUCUGAACUUUAUUUAUAUUUCAGUAUUAACACACCUUCACUGAUUGAGAGUCUUGAGCACCUCUCUACUUUUAUAAAGUGAAUCCCAUUUCCAAGUCAUCCAUGUCUUUUGAAGUCUCUGUUUCUUACAUAGUAUUUAUUACAUUACUGUUUAGCAUAAAUAGGAGACAGAAAAGGAUAAUAAACUACUAGGUCCUUUAUUCCUCUUAAAAUACACUUAUAAAUCCCUUGAAUCAACUGAAUUCUAAGCUUUUUGAAGAGGUUGCUGAUGUAGUUUCAUCAAAAGAAUCUGAGGAGAACUUCAUCUCCAAAAUCUGAUUAGAGCUAUUUGCCCUCUCAAGGACAAGAUAAAGAUUGGCUUCAGAGAUGUAUCACAUCAAGCUAGAGGGGGAAAAAAAAAACUAAAAUAAAAUUUUUCCUCAUUCAAAGGGAUCCAGGGUAUCCUUGGGUUAUGUAGGAGGGAAUCAUGCUUGUUCCAGUUACCUAAAUGUACUUGUGUGGGAAUCCAUUCUUGAUUCUGAACACCAAAUCUUGUCAACAGUAGAGAGAUAUUGUAAGGAGUUCCUAUUUGUCAAUCAAAUGAGGGUGUGAAACAUAUAGAAAGAAUGCUCUGUGUUACACUUGAACCAUGUAUAAAUGUACCCUGUGUAUCUUUUUUUAAUUAGCAUUUCUGCAUUUAAAUUAUAUUGUUUUUCUUUGUAUUGUUAACAGAAUGCAUCAGAACUGGAUUUUUUUCUCAUCUGAACAUAAUAUAAAAUUUAAAAGAGUAUUGUGAUAUUAAGCACUUUAACAUACAUAUCAGACAAACUGACGUGGGUUUUUCAGGUUUGGGAGUACAUUUAAAUAUGACUUUUCAUGCUUUGUUCUUUACAAAUAAAACUGUGGGAUUGAUA